CUGCACUCACGGCCCAGGCUGGCUGGAGACACCAGCUGGCACCUCCAGCAGUGAGCGAGGAGGGCUAGUGCCCGGGUCAGGGGAGGCCCGGGUGUCCCGUUUUCCUCCUUCACACUGUCUGCAGAGCCUCUCUUGCUUUCACUCUUCUCCAGUCCCUGCCAGGGUGAGAGAUCUGGGGCUGGCUAAAAGCAAAGAGACCAUUUAGCUUCUCCAGGGGGGAUUAGCGGCAGCCUCGGGUGCUAAAGAAUUGAUGUGAUUAUCCUUGGAUAUAGCAAUAUUUUGCUCUUUCCAUUUCUGAUUGUGUCUAUGGCUGCUGCAUUCUCUUUAAUUUAUGUUGCAGUCACAUUGCAGGCGAAGCCAGAUGAGGAAGCAGUUUAAGCUGUGAAUUUCUUCUUCACCCCCAUAGAACAGUGACGACCAUAAUUUUUAUCUUCACCAUAAACAAGUAUCCUGGAGCACAAUGGAAAAGUUUUAAUAUGAGACAUCAGAAAAAAGGGCUGCAAUGUCUAGUGUGCUGAGGGGAAAAAGAGAGACUUAUGACUGCAUCUUGAAACACGCUCAGAUGAUUUGAGAUUACGUUUUUAGAAGAUCUCAAUUGGAGCUGUGGAGAAAAGAAAGGAAGGAAGGGAGGCAGUGACUGAAUGAUAUUUCUUACAUUAUUUGGAAAAGAGAAGGCACCGGGGACCUGCAAACAAUCAGGCUGCUUCUGAAAAAUCUUUAUGAUAAAGGAUAAUCCAGGAUUCCCUGUAGAAGAACAUAGUGAAUGAUAAUCCAGAGCAGCUGUUGGAGCAUUGUGCUCACAGGGAGAUGAUUCCUCAUGAAGUCACUGGAUCCCCUUCAGAAAUCAAAUGUGACUUUCCAUUUAUCAGACUGAAAUCAGAACCAGCCAGACAGUGAAGCAAGAACAGUGGAGGGGGGACGGCGAAAGAUGAAAUCCAACCAAGAGAGGAGCAACGAAUGCCUGCCGCCCAAAAAGCGAGAAAUCCCCACCACCAGCCUGCCGUCCGAGGUGAAGCCAGUGAUUCUGUCAAACGAAAACCACCGCACAGACAACUUAACAUGGCUCACCAGUACACCCAGCAGCCAGAGCAGCAUGGGGGGAAGGCACAGGCCUGGAGGGAGUUCAGUGGAGAUUGGUUUACAGCAGGGUUUACACAAAGCACCGUCUACAGGAAUGGACUAUUCCCCGCCGAGUGCUCCCAGGUCCGUUCCAGUCUCAACAACACUUCCCACGGUGUACUCGCCCGCACUCUCACAGUCAGGGACGCCUGUAUCCCCGGUGCAGUACACGCACCUGCAGCACACUUUCCAGUUCGUUGGGCCCCCGUACAGUGGACCAUACGCCGGAUUCAUCCCCUCCCAGUUGAUUUCCCCGACAGCCAGUUCCGCAACUUGUGCGGCAGCCUCUGCCUCUGCUGUUGCAACCACUCCAUCCCAGCGUUCCCAGCUGGAGGCUUAUUCCACUUUCCUGGCCAGCAUGAGUAGCUUAAGUCAGCAGGGGCACAAAGUUGAGCAGCAUCUAGUCAGGACACCUGGAUUGAUUGCAGCAGGGUCUCCUCCACCGACCCAGCAAAACCAGUAUGUCCACAUUUCCAGUUCUCCCCAGAGCACAGUCAGAAAUGUGUCUCCUCCAACCAUCCCAGUCCAUUUGCAUCCCCACCAAACGGCGAUUCCACACACCCUCACCCUCGGCCCCUCCUCCCAAGUGGUGGUGCAGUACUCGGACUCUGGGGGCCACUUCAUCACGAGGGAUCCUACCAAGAAAGCUGAGAGCAGCAGGCUGCAGGCAAUGCAGGCGAAGGAAAUACUGAAUGGAGAGAUCGAGAAAAGCAGGAGGUAUGGCCUCUCGCCCUCUGGAGAUGUGAGUCUAGUCAAAGCAGGCAAUAAACCAGCUCCUCAUCAUUAUGAGACCAGACAUGUCGUGGUGCACUCGAGUCCUGCCGAGUACAGUGCACGGGAUUCCUCAGGCAUCCGGGCCUCUGUUAUGGUUGUACCAAACAGCAGCACACCUAUUACGGAGAUGGAGAUACAGCAGGCCACCAACAGAGAAACUCCUCCCUCAGUCCUCAACGACAAGGGAAAUCUGCAUUUAGGAAAGCCAGCCCACAGGUCCUAUGCUUUAUCUCCGCAACAGACUAUGGGCCAUGAGGGGGUGAAAGCGGUCGCCACGCUGUCCCCCCACACUGUCAUUCAGACCACCCACAACGCCUCAGAGCAACUCCCUGUCGGGCUGCCUGCGACAGCCUUCUAUGCCGGGACCCAGCCGCCGGUAAUCGGUUAUCUGAGCAGUCAGCAGCAAGCGAUUGGUUACCCUGGAAACCUGCCACAGCACCUGGUGAUCCCUGGCACCCAGCCACUGCUUAUACCAGUUGGCAAUGCAGACGUUGAAUCAUCAGGAGUAGCACCUGCUAUAGUCACUUCAUCUCCCCAGUUUGCAGCAGUGCCUCAUGCAUUUGUCACUACCGCCAUUCCUAAGAGUGAGAAUUUCAGUGCUGAGGCGCUAGCAACCCAGCCAGCCUACCAGGCAGCCGUGGUGCAGGCCCAGAUCCACCUCCCGGUGGUGCAGUCCGUAGCUUCUCCAACGGCAGCUCCUCCUACGCUGCCUCCUUACUUCAUGAAAGGGUCAAUCAUUCAGUUGGCCAAUGGGGAGCUGAAGAAAGUAGAGGACUUAAAAACAGAAGACUUUAUACAGAGUGCAGAAAUUAGCAAUGACCUGAAAAUAGACUCCAGCACAGUGGAGAGGAUUGAAGACAGCCAUAACCCAGGCAUUGCUGUGAUACAGUUUGCAGUUGGAGAGCAUCGAGCACAGGUCAGCGUUGAAGUCUUGGUCGAAUACCCUUUUUUUGUAUUUGGACAAGGCUGGUCAUCCUGCUGCCCUGAGAGAACCAGCCAGCUCUUUGAUUUGCCAUGUUCCAAACUCUCAGUUGGGGAUGUCUGCAUAUCGCUUACUCUCAAGAAUCUGAAGAAUGGCUCUAUUAAAAAGGGCCAGCCCAUGGAUUCAGCUAGUAUCUUGCUGAAGCACUCAAAGAAUGACAGUCUAGCUGGAAGUAGACACAGGUAUGUGGAGCAGGAAAAUGGUAUUAAUCAGGGAAGUGUACAGAUGUUAUCUGAGAAUGGUGAACUGAAGUUUCUGGACAAAAUAGGAUUGCCUGCAGCACCUUUGCUCACCAAAACAGAACCCAGCAAGCCCACGGCGACGAGGAAGAGGAGGUGGUCGGCCCCUGAAACACGGAAACUAGAGAAAUCAGAAGAGGAACCACCUUUGACUCUUCCCAAGCCUUCUUUUAUUCCUCAGGAGGUUAAAAUUUGCAUUGAAGGUCGAUCUAACGUAGGCAAGUAAAGGCUGUUUGGGAAAAGGAAAUUAGGCUAUCCCUUGUCAUUUUUAUCCAGAUUACUGUACUGUAGACUAAAUAACCCAGUAUUUACAUGUUAUCAUCUUAUUUUAGGUUUAUGUUAUAACCUUGUUGUUAUAGUUGCAGCUGGUAUUAUGCAGGAGACAGGUGCAUAUGUUUUUCCACAAGUGUUUUGUCAGUGACUAGGUUUAUUGAGAGCUACAGAAGGGGCAGUAUCUGCUUCACGCACCCUUAGUGGAAAUGAAUGUGUUGUCAUGGCUCCUGUUUUCUGUCACCUAGUGUAGAGCAGACUCCAGCUGUUCUUUUUUCUGUGAGGUGACGAGAAGGGAACUGUAGCAGAGAUAAACUGCACUGCAUGCAUUGUGUGUGUUUCAGUCCCAAGGAGGGAUUGCAGCUCCCUGGCUGGGUCAUUAGGAGGUUCUCUCGUGCCAAGAGAACUCUUAAGAACCCAACACACACACACAUACACACACACACAUUAUUGAAAAAGGAUCAGACAGUCUUUGACACAUUUCACAAUCAAACCAACUCUUAGUCAAGGCUCUACAGUAUAUAUAUUUUCCCCCAUGGGGUCCGACUGCACUGAAUUUUAUUCAUAAAGUGACUGCCACGCAGAUGUUUCUUUUCAGCUUGCUAGUGCAGUUCCAUUGCCAGAGUGUAACAUUCAGUAAGGUCCUAUGCUUGCAUUGUUACACUGCUUGUUUUUCUUAAUGACAUAGCCAGGGCGAGGGAAGCCUAAAGUUUGUUGGGUCCCCUAGCUAAGGGGAAACUCCUGGUUCUGUGCAGUGUUAGAUAAACUGAUCAGGUUAUGCCAUUAACGUUUGCUUCCACAAGGUAGACACGUACUGCCCCUUUGAGAGCGCAGACAUAAAUUGUUUGCAUUUAGGUUGCAAAUCUUUGUCUUUAACUCUAGUACUGUUUUUAGUUCAUGACGAUGGACAACUGGUGCCACUUUUUUCAAAAUUCAGUGUGACACAAGGAAUCGGACGUUGAAGAUGAACAUAGAAUGUCUUUAAGCACUUAAAAUGCUGUUCACGCUUUCUUGUCGAGCAUCCUGGUCUAACACUCAAUAAGUACUGUAUCUCACUUUAAUCUGUUUGAGGGGGAAAAAAGAAUCUAUUCAACACUGUUAACUACAUAUGACUAUGUAGAGUUUUCUCACAAGCAAGAUGUUGGAAAUUUUAAUGUGGUUUCAAAGGGAUGAAUGUGAAUUAUUGAACUAGUAUGUGACAGUCAUUGUCCACAAAGGACUACUUAAUAGGAGGCACUUUUAAAACUUUAAUGCUUGAGAAAGAGUUAAAGGCAUAUGCGAGCUGACAGAUAAUAAAAGAAUAAGAGAGAGGAAAAAGGAAAGAGGAAAAAAAUCAUUAUUGUCCAGUGUUUUUGAAAAAGAUGGACUUUAAAGAAUCUUGCAAUUUGCACAUCUUGAGUUUAUCAUUUGUGUGGUAUUCCUGCAGUUUUUACCUAAUAAUGUUGUGGGGAAGGGAGGGGGACUGAGAGAGCAUAAACAAAUGUAGCAAUUAUUUACUAACCUGCCUAAGCUCUAUGCCAUUUUAUAGAGUUACGUUCCUUUAAAGUUCAUUUUUGGUCUUUCUGCCAUAUCUGUCGCACAGAACCAGGUCCUAGCAGGACAACUCGGAGAAUUUUUCUUCAGAUACAUUGAGAGAGUUUUCCAGAAAAGACAUCUCCACACAUAAGCAGGAUUUUAUAAAAAAAACAACAACCGUUAUUAUUUUAUUAUUAUUAUUAUUUGUUGUUUUAAUGACAUUUUCCAGUUGAAAUACAAUCUAGAUUUCAGAGUUUGGUACAAAACAGUGAGAGGGAAUGGGGGUUUCAGACAGUUAAGUCUUUUUUGUUCCCAGUAAUCUGAAACAAAGGUAGGGCCGGAUCCUUAGAGGUGCUGUGCAUCUUUGGCCCACAUCUUUCUACAGGAGGUGCAAAUACUAAGCACUUCAGGUCUGAGCUGAAGCCCAUUGCAUUCAAUCCCAUUGGUUUCAGUGGGUUUUGGAUUAAGCCUUUAUAUUACUAUUACUUUUGGUUUGUAAUUGAGUUUGCAUCCUUCAAGUACUUUUGAAGAAGCUGUACUAAUAGGGAGAAGUAGGCUAUAAAAGUUCUUAAUUAGAGAUACAGUAUCUAAAAUGAACAAAUUCCUUAAAAAUCUCAUUUUCCCUCUCCUAAAAUACAGUAUUUCCAGCUCCUUUAUUUACAAAAAAAUCUGAACCCCCCCCCAGCUUUUUGGUUCUUCUGUUCGUUACUUGAAAUUUAGCUCACACCAGAACUAACUGGUUUUAUACCAUUUUCUGCGGUGCACCAAAAACAUUUAAAUAAGUUUAAAAUAGCUUGAAACUUUUCUUGAAUUUCCUUGAAUUUCAUUAACCUCUCAGCAGGCUACCAAAUAGCUGAGCAGGUUCAUUCUCACGGUCACACUGCUUAUCUAGUGCUGUACUUUUUUUUAACAUUUUCUGCUCAGAGAACUUGCUUAAUCUUCCAUAUACUCUGCUCAGGGCACUUGCAAUUUAUUGUUGUUUUGUUUGUUUUGUUUUUGUUACGUUUUAACCUUUGAUGGUAAGAAGAAUAGAAAGAUGUGGGCAGAAUUAGAUUUUAGUUCACGUUAGUACCACUAUAUUCAUAAUACACAUACUCAGAAAAUCUAAAAUAAAACCACACACACAUCUUUUUGGUUAAUAAAGAAGCAGGGACACUUAAACUGACUGGAUCUAUUCUACUAACACUAACGGUAAACAAAUAAAAAAAGUUUGGAGCAAUAGGAAUGUAUUAGUUCUGUGCUGGUAUUUCAGAUUUAGGAAUUCUGAAAUAAUUGGUUCCUUCCAAGCAAUUGUCCCUUUUUGUGCUUUUGCUUUUUUAGGAUGUGCAAUACUUUAUGUGCCAAUGUAGACCCACCCACGUGGUGGUAGCUAGAUCUCACACCCUCUUCCACUUUCACCUUUUUGUUUUCUUUCACUGUUUUCUCUACCCCCCUCCUCCCAAAAAACAAAAAACAAAAAAAAAAGUGUUUAGGGCCUUAUACCUCCCUUGAUUGGGGGCACAGAAUCUGUAUGUAGUUAACAAGUGUGGCACACGUGGAUCGAUGGCCCUGGAUGGUCCAUAUCCUUUCAAAUGUAAGACCCUGGCCUCUGCAAUAUAAAAAAGAAGAUCCAGAACAAGGCUUAGUGGGUGUUCCCCCCACACACACAAAAAGAUUUUUAAAGGGGGGAUAAGAAUUUUGAGAAUGUGAGGGACCUGUAAAUCACAAACAGUUCAGUCAUGAGUAAAUAACAUCGUCUCUUACAUGAGUGAAAGCAGCCUUCUACAGCACUGUCAGUGUCAUUUUCUCUUCAAACUAUGCCUGUAACUGUUACUUUAUAUAUAUAAAAUAUACGUAUACUUUACAUGCUCUUGUAUAUGAAUGUUACCAUCUGCGUGAUGUACAAUGUGGGUGAAAUUCACCCCUGUGCAAAAAGCCAGCACAAAGCCUAUACACCACUUAUGUCACUAACUGGUGCAUUAACUUGGUAUUGGCUCUCUGUACAGGAGGGAAUUUCACCCCUAAAUGGACAGAAAGAAGUGACUACUUUCAGUUGGCUGAAUCUGGUUUGCCUGGUGGCAUCUGGAGUUUGGCAGGGCCAUGACCCCUUAUUCACAUGAGUAAAUCCUUAAUCCAGUGGGGCGAGUUACCCCAUUGAUAGCUCAAAGGAGUAAGGGUAUGUAUGCUCUCCAGCAGAAUAGCUACAGCUCUGCCACACACAGUAGUGUACACACUUCCUACAUAGACGGAAGGGGCUUUCCGUCAGCGUAGUGAAUCCACUUCUCUGUGAUGUAGGGCUAGGUCAGUGGAAGAAUUCUAGCCACAUCUACGCUGGGGAUUAGGUGGACCUAACUGUGGUGCUCAGGGUAUGAAAAUUUUUCACAGCCCUGAGCAACAUUGCUAGGUCGAUCUGAUUUUUAAGUGUAGAUGUGGCUAGAAUUCUUGUGGCUUGAGGUGCACAGUGAAAAUAACAAUCAUGGGCAGAGAAAUAUUUAGGUGAGUUCGGUGUAAAAGGAUUAGUCAUGGGCCUCUUUACAGUGUCCACUUUGCAAUAUUAACUGACAAGUCGUUAGUUUUUUUUUUUUUUUACCAGACCUGUUUAGUUUACAAUGAAAUGAAUACAAUCACCAAGAAAUCUAGUCAGGGCAAAAGAAAAAAAUAAACAAGAACCUCUUUAUAGGGAUUUCUAAAAAAACAAUCUCUCUCUCUAUCUCUCUCUAGAUAAUGACUGUUCCUUAUAGUGUUUAACUUAGGCAUCGUUUCAGUUUGUCUGGGCCACAUCAUGGGGAAUUUGGAGUUUGAUGUCACUUACCUCAAGUCCUUUAGUUGAAACCCAAAUUGGAUUUUUGUUUGAACUGUUUAAUGAUUUUGUACAUUGUUGUUGUGGGGUUUGGGGGGGAUUUUUUUUUAAUGUAUGUUGGGGGGGGAGGUUCUGUUUUUUUUAACCCUGUCGUCACUUGGUUAAACCGUUGUUCUGUCAUUUUCUCAGCACCAGGAAGUGACAUCACUGCUCUUGUUUCCCUAAAGCAAGGAACAUUUAGAAACCUUUCACACCUCUUACUCAGGGACGGGGCUGGCGUAUGUGUGGUACACUGAUGUGACCAGAAGCAGCACUUUUACUGCUCUGGAGUAGGGAUGUACAAUUUCAAAGACAAGUUUGGAUUUCCUGCAUCUCGUGGAUUAAUUUUGUAGAUAUCACAUAGAUUGCAAUACAAAGCAGCAGAUUCAAAGUGAACCAUAGCUGUUGGUUACCAUGAGACUCUCUCGUUGCACAGAGAUUAAUUUUACCUAAGUAUGUUGCCAAUGUUAAAGAAAAUGAUGAAAUUCUGUUAAUGCAUGUGACUACUAAAAUGAAAAAAAAUGUUUCAGGGAGAACGAAUCUUAGCUAUUGUAAAAAUACUAAUAGUGUUAUUUCACUAGCACUCACUCGGGUUGUUAGUAUGCAAUGCCAUGGGCACUAGGCCACAGUUCUGCCAACACUUAUGCACAUGCUUAACUUUAAGUAUCUGAUUAGGCCUAUUGAAGGCAGGGGGACUUACAUGUGAAUGUUAACUACAGGUAUAAGUGUUUACAGAAAUUAGUGGCUCGAUCAUUUAGAGCCAGAUUCGAUCUUAGUUACAACAGCGAUAUGUUUGGAGUAACUGUUGACAUCAGUGGAGUUAGUCCAGACUUGCAUGCGUGUAACUGAGAUGAGAAUUUGACCUCCUGUUGUCACUUCUAUUAUGAAGCAUACGCAAAAACGGGAAAGUGGAGACAGCACCAGACAACAGCAGAGUCCAAUCUGUGGACUUACCCAGUGUUGAUAUGAAAAGCAAAGGAAUUUUAGCAGUGUGUGGUCAGUGCUUUUCUUUUCAUGGCUUUUUUUUCCCCAAUCCCCAAAAUCCUGAAAUAAAAAAGAAUCCACCCACAAACGUGCACACAGACACAUACACACACACAUAUAUAUAUGAAUAUAAAAGCAAAUAACUAUUAUGUUCAGUUGAUUUCAUAUCCUUUUCAAGGACAGGGUUGUGUUUUCUGUUGAUAAGGAAAUUCCAAACAAGUUGCACACCUCUACUCCAGAGUUAAUUUCUUUUACAUAGACGACCUCGCUUCAGAUGUGUUACCUUACUGAUAGGAUCUUUUCUUGUAGCACUAUACCUUGUGGGAAUAUUUUUUUGAUGUAAACCUAAUUUGAGAAGCUUACCAAAAAAAAACUUUUUGGAAGCACUCACAUUGAGGAGUACAGGUAAUGUUUUUAAAAAUUGCACAAAAGAAAAAUGAAUGUUGGAAUGAUUCAUUCAGUGUUUGAAAAAGAGAUGGAUCUGUUGAAACAGUGUGUUUCAUACCUUGUUUGUAAAAAAAAAAAAAAAAAGUUUUUUUUUAAAUACAAAAGCAGAAAAGGUUGAAAGUUACAUGUGUUUUGUAUAUAGAAACUGUCACGUUUAGAUGAUCUGAUUUGUAUUGGCUCUGGACAGGAAGAAUUAUAUAGUUAAAAGGCUCUUAAAGAACAACUAUCCUCAAUUUUCUGUUCAUAUCACAUAAAUCCUGAUGCGGGGGAAAGGGGGGAAUGCUUCACACUGUUUGUUCCUGCGCUGAAAAUAUAUCUUUAAGCACCCUGCGUAGUUUAGAUUCUGAAGCCAUUGUAACUUCUUUACUCCCUCUGGGAUGCUGUUCUACAUUUUCAGCACUUCCUGUUCCAAUCAACCCAAAGACUAUAACUUGAACAAGAAGUGUUUAUAACAAGGAAUCCUCGCUUACCAGUAAAUAAGAGUAAUAUCCAACGAGACAUGGCCUUUUGUGUACACACACCCUCCCACCUCAUUUAAACAGGAGGUAAAGACAUGAAUUUCAAUUUUUCCAGAUGUGCUCUGAGCUUGGACAGGUUCUUUCUUAUUUGAUUUAGAGAUUCAUGUUAUUCACAGGCCAAAAUGAAAGAAUCCUGGAGCAAUUUCCAGGGAAAGGGCCCUUUCCUUGGCCAAAGGUCAAAUUGGACAGCUGGGAGCCUACGCACCGCACCGCGGGGAUAAACAGUUAACUUUCAGAACCCUUCUCUCCCUCCCCUGACAGCCUGUAACGCAAGCUUCAGUUCUGAUACCUAACAGUCACAUGGGGAAAAAUAAUUACCACGUUAAAAUGACCCCUUGACACCCAAAAGAAUGGCCCCAACAAAUGUAUUAGAAUGAAGUGCAUUCAGCCAAUAAGUAGUUAUACAAUAACAGUCUCUAAGAUUGCUAUAGUUUUACUCGUCGUUAUCUGAAAGCACUCAAGUCUUCCACUGAGAAUUAAUUGGAGGCUUCAUCCAAGGUUGACUUUUUUGUUGUUCAUUCAUUUGUUUCUAUUCUGAGUGGUCAAAGCUCCUGUGCCCUUUCCCUUGACCAUGCUGCAGGCGUGCAUUGGAAGUGUUGUUUGCAUUAAUCCUUACUCACUCUUUGAAGCUGUAUUACUGGGUUGUGUGAAAACAGCGGCAGCCAGCUAGAUCUGGCCCCUGAUGUUUGCUUUAAAAAUAAAGAGCCUGAUGAUUCUAGCUUUAGAGAGAGACACACUCCCUCUCUCUCCCUCUCUCCAGUUGAAGUCAGUAGUUGUUGGAUCUCUGUAACUGUGGCUGCAAGUGGUUGAAUUCAUGCCUUCUGUCUGGCCCUUUGGCUACUUAGCAAAGUUGCUAAUCUUAUUAAGGCAGCAGGUAUAACUUUUCGCAGACAGUCAGCUAAUGUUGCAACUCACUAAUGUAUGUAUUUCUGUCUGGCUUUUUUAAAAUAUUAACUUUUUGUGAACGCUGUUCUCUCUGCAGCGCUUAAAAAGGGGAAUCUCCAACUUUUUCCAUUCAAAUUAGCUACUGAAAAUAAUUUUGUAGUAUCAGUGUCACAGUCUUUGACAGCCAGCAGGCUUGGACUGGCCAACUAGUCCUGGCACUUGAGGAAAGUCCUCAUGUGGGUAAGUCUAGUGAUUCCACAAUAAUAGUCUCUAAGGUUUUAAUUGCUUAGUAUUUCUGAAGAGGGUUGUUGCAAAUCACACUUCCAGUGUUGUGCCUAAUGUAGGCUCAGAAAAAGGGAUAAUGCAGCUUUGUGUUGUGGAGAAAUCAAGCUGACAUGGCCAGUACAAAGGAGAAAUAGGGAGGGAAUAAUGUUUUGCACCUUAAUGAAAAGAGAAAAUUUUAAGUGCAUACAGACAUAGUUAAGAGCUUUUAUUGUGACAGGAGAACUUUUUUCCAUAUGCGUGCAUACUCUCUGUAAUUCCAGUGUAAAAUAUUGUACUUGCACUAGCUUUUUUAAAACAAAUAUUAAAAAAAUGGAAGAAUUCAUAUUCUAUUUUCUAAUGGUGGUGUGUCUAUUUGUAGGAUACACUCGCGUCUGUUUAUUGAAUUUUAUGGUCCCUUUCUUUGAUGGUGCUUGCAGGUUUUCUAGGUAGAAAUUAUUUCAUUAUUAUAAUAAAACAAUGUUUGAUUCAAAAUUUGAACAAAGUUGUUUUAAAGAAACUGUCUGUAUACCAGUACAAGUUUAUUGUUUCAGUAUACUCGUACUAAUAAAAUAACAGUGCCAAUUGCAAA